CGCUCUUGAGGUGAAAAGGGCGAAAGCCAGCGCACUGGUUUCCUCGUUUGACAGCAGGGGCUUGUUUUACAGCACAAAACAACAAGGAUGAAGAUUUCAAGCCACAAUGCAGCAACAGAGAUAAUGGAGGAGUCGAAUAGCUGAAAGCCCCUCAGCUUUAUCUCGAUCUCGCGGUGUGCGCUACGAAAUUGACGCCAGACAACUUGAAUAUCGACUGAACUGCGGAUGAAUGCCUGUACCUUACGCGUCUCUGGAUUUGUUGUUGUUAGCUGGUAAGGCUAACCAGAGAAGUUGCGAGCUAGCUGGCCUAGCAAGCUAAUGGUUAAAGCCAGGAUAAGAUAAUUAGCCGCAUAUGUUUGGUUUACUCGGUGCUGUCCGGCGAGUAAACUCGGCGUUGUUUAGCUAAUGGAGCCAGCUAACCUUGGCUUCAGUAGUUCAAGAACUGCAGCUUUGGAUAAGCUUUUGAAGUACCAGUCGUAGUAGUUAGUUACCUAGCUUAUCCGAUAGCCACCACUAUCCUCGGAAGAAUGAGUAGAAAACACCAUUAUUUAAAAGGAGCCGAAGUCAGCUGCUGUGUGAAAUACUUCUUAUUUGGAUUCAACAUUAUAUUCUGGUUACUAGGAGCAGCAUUCUUGGGCAUAGGCUUGUGGGCAUGGGCGGAGAAGGGCGUGCUGUCCAAUCUGUCAUCCAUCACGGAUCUAGGGGGCUUUGACCCCGUGUGGCUCUUCAUCAUUGUAGGAGGGGUCAUGUUCAUCCUGGGCUUUGCUGGCUGUAUUGGAGCGCUCAGAGAGAACACCUUCCUACUUAAAUUUUUUUCUGUGUUCCUUGGUUUGAUCUUCUUCUUGGAGUUGACUGCGGGGAUCCUUGCCUUCGUCUUUAAGGACUGGAUCAAAGACCAGCUCAACUUUUUCAUCAACAAUAACGUCAAGGCCUACCGCGAUGACAUUGAUUUGCAGAACGUUAUUGACUUUGCCCAGGAAUAUUGGUCAUGCUGUGGAGCGCACGGGCCCGACGACUGGAACCUGAACAUAUACUUCAACUGCACUGAGCUGAACCCCAGCCGGGAGCGCUGUGGAGUCCCCUUUUCCUGUUGUGUCAAAGACCCUGCCGAGGAUGUCAUCAACACGCAGUGUGGUUAUGAUGUUCGGCUUCGAGGGGAGCUGGAUCGGCAGAAAUAUAUCUACACCAAGGGCUGUGUGGGACAGUUUGAAAAGUGGCUUCAGGACAACCUGAUCAUUGUAGCUGGAAUCUUUGUUGGUAUUGCACUUUUACAGAUUUUUGGUAUCUGCCUCGCUCAAAACCUGGUCAGUGAUGUCAAAGCUGUCAAAGCCAACUGGUGACAGGAGAGGUGAAGUGAGGGAGCCCUGCCCCUCAGGCCCACACCAGGUCAAUACAGCACACAAACGGUCCCAUCCAGCUGAGGACGGAGAGCCGACCUGGCCGAAUAUAUGUGCUUUCUGCCACCGGUUAAAAGUAUAUCUAUUUUUUUUUUCCAUCCAUGUCUGUUGAACUUAGAUAAAUUAACUUAAUGCAGAAAAACACUGACAGUUCCUUGAAAGUCGCCCUCCUGUCGUCCUGCAGUAAUUGUAUUAUCUGUUGAUUUACUUAAGGAUAUUGGAUUGUAUUAUAUGGAAUGGCCUGGUGUGGUUAGGAUUGUAGGUCUAUGCUAAAGAGGGAAAAGGGUUUAAUGAUAGAGUUUGAUGUUUAUCUCUGAGCAUCCCUCAAGCACAUGGGAUUGCUGGUUUGGGGCCUUUUUACUUGUUAAAUGUUACCACAUUUGUCUUAUGCUUGUAUUUUGUCCUCUGUAUUAUGACAAGACUUUGUCUGUUCUUAAAGAUGUCCUUUAUUCAUCCUUUAUUUCCUGUCCUUUCAUAGACACAGAUUUAUAUCCUGGAUUCAUCGUUUGACUUGAACAGGCACCAUUUUACCUCUGACCCAUCAGUCAACUGCGAAAUAUCUUCUUAUUGUUGAUGUUGUUAGCAGUCCUAAUGGAGACCAAAUAAUAUCAGCUGGCCACAAGCUAAGUGCCAAGGUUUUAUUUGGCUACAAUUGACAUUUUAUUAGGAAUUCCGACAAUAACAAAUAGCAUUUCUAAAUAGCUAAAAUGUGAAUUUAUUGUCCCUUUAUGUGGGAAGUGCCAGUUGAAAGGAAAAUCAAACAAAAAUUAAAAAUGUUACAUACGCUUUUAUCUUUAAUUCAAUGUUGUGUCUUUUGUUUGGACUUUUUAAAAUAGAAUAGUAAAUAAAUGCUGUUACCUUUUGAUAUUAGCAACAGUCUCAAUAUAACAUGAAUGCUGCUUUAACUUUGACUAGAUUAUUGAUAUGUAGUGCAGUAACCAAGCUAAUAAUAAGUUUCACACGAUGGCAUGUGAACAAUCUACCAUGUUGUUGUUUCCAGACUAAGUAAGUAUUCUGAUUAUUUGUUCUUUCUCAAGUUUACACUUAGUACUCAGCUUUUGUUGCCCUUUGUUGUUCAUUAUAAAGA